AUGCUGUCGACAACAUCAGCCCGGCGUCUCGCCAGAGCGUGCGCCACAUCCUCCAUCCUCCCCACGGCUACCGCCACCACCACAUAUCGCUUCGCCACGCCGGCGGCGGCAGCAGCAGCACAAGUGAUGGCAAGACGGGGCUACGCGACGCCCCUGGGCCCGCCGCCAAAGGGCUUCCGCCAGCAGCCGACCAAGAAGUGGGACGAGGAGGACGAGUCCACCUUCAACAAGGUGGGCAAGUACUUCCUCAUGACCGAGAUGGCACGGGGCAUGUACGUCCUGCUGGAGCAGUUCUUCCGGCCACCAUACACAAUCUACUACCCCUUCGAGAAGGGCCCCAUCUCCCCGCGCUUCCGUGGCGAGCACGCCCUGCGGCGCUACCCCUCGGGCGAGGAGCGCUGCAUCGCCUGCAAGCUGUGCGAGGCCAUCUGCCCGGCGCAGGCCAUCACCAUCGAGGCCGAGGAGCGCGCCGACGGCUCCCGCCGCACGACACGCUACGACAUCGACAUGACAAAGUGCAUCUACUGCGGCUUCUGCCAGGAGUCGUGCCCCGUCGACGCCAUCGUCGAGAGCCCCAACACCGAGUACUCGACCGAGACCCGCGAGGAGCUGCUGUACAACAAGGAGAAAUUGCUUGCGAACGGAGACAAGUGGGAGCCCGAGCUCGCGGCGCUCAUCCGGGCGGAUGCCCCCUACCGAUAA